GUCCGGUGCCUGAAACCAGUUGUAAAAGAAUAAUGUUGUCCAGAUCCAUUGCCAGAAACUUUGCCGGUAUUCGCCAGUUCUCGUCCACUGCGUCCGUGCUGGGCACCAAGGUGUACUUUGUGCCAGCCAUUGAUGGAAGAAAGCUCGACAGAAUCGAAUUCGAGUUGUACGAUGACGUUGUUCCAAAGACCACCGAGAACUUCAGAGCCCUCUGUACCGGUGAGAAGGGCUUCGGCUACGAAGGGACCCCAUUCCACAGAGUGAUUCCUCAGUUCAUGCUCCAAGGUGGUGAUAUCACCAUGGGUAACGGCUUUGGAGGCAAAUCCAUCUACGGCGACCGCUUCCCAGAUGAGAACUUCAUCAAGAAGCACACCAAGCCGGGUUUGUUGUCAAUGGCCAACGCCGGCCCAAACACCAACGGGUCGCAGUUCUUCAUCACCACUGUCCCAUGUCCAUGGUUGGACGGCAAGCACACCGUUUUCGGCGAGGUCAUCAACGGCUACGACUCCGUCAAGACCAUCGAGGCCUACGGUACCGCCAGCGGUAAGACCAGAGCCAAGAUCACCAUUGCUGAGUGCGGUGAGCUCAAGGAGUAAGAACGCAUAGCGCACCCGCACGCCUCUUCCCUAUGCGCAGUAAGUCAGCUUGGAGGGCCUACCACGUCCAUCAACGACGCCAGUGCCCCG